UUCAUAGACAAUCAUUUCCCCAGUCUCACCCGAAAAACAUUCAGUCCCCUCCAAUGUAAUGGAGCAGAAAUACCUGACAGACGAUAAAAAUAAUCCAUCAAAAAAUCACAUAGUCAAAACCAGUUGGAAGUCAAAACAUAGCUGUUUCGACAAAGACUACAAGAAAUCAGCAUGCGAUAGGGAACGGACAAGGAUGAAAGACAUGAACAAAGCUUUCGACACACUGAGGAGUAUGCUGCCGAGUUAUAAACCGCCUGGUAAAAAACUGUCCAAAAUAGAAUCUCUCAGGAUGGCGAUAAAAUAUAUACAAGACUUACAAGCUAUGCUAAACGGAAGACCCUGCACAUCGUCGGACGUUUGUAAUAACUGGGACGACAGUUACCAUCAGUACAGUCAAAACUGCGACGACUUUUAUUCGACCAUCGAGUGCUACAAACUCGACCAUCAUUAGCCUCUAUGGCAUUGUUUAAAAUUUUUUCUGAUCGAGUAUUGUAGAAAAUUUGUUCAUUUGCAAUUAUAAUUUAUGAAAAC